GGUAUUUGCGGGGGAGGUUCAGCAGCUGUCUUUCCUAAGAGAGGGACACAUGGGCCUGGUUAUUCCUCUUGUCACAUGUAAUGGUGGGAUACAGAAGAAGGAGAAAGAAUGGGCACGCAGAGGAGGGCACAGGCACAGAGAUAAGUGGGCCUAGCUGUCUGGGCCAGUGGACCCCAGCAGAGGAGCACCUGAGCUCAGCACACACACCCUUCACCUCACAGUUCUCUUAAACUGUCCAAACCCUUUCCCCAUAACGCUGAGCCCUGACAGUGUCAUUCUUUAAGACAGGUAAUAACCACUUGGAAAGGGGACUAAGACCGGACCCUCUAGGGAGCUAUAGGCAAGAAAAGCAGGAAAGCAAGAGUCCUGCUGGAUUUCAGCGCAGAGUGCCGCCUGCUCUGCACCUAGGUCCUGGAACCCUUCUCUGCCUGGAUAGAUUCCAGACCCUCCUCAGGAUAGAUUCCAGACACUUGGCCCACCUGUGCCCCACCCUACUCUGCCCAGAGGUAUAAGAGCCCAAGCCGCCUCCAUGGCCCCAGGAAGGAUUCAGGGGAGAGGCCCCAUUCAGGGAGCCACUCCAGACAGACAGCCGAGCCAGAAUGGAGCUGACUGAAUUGCUCCUCGUGGUUAUGCUUCUCCUAACUGCAAGACUAACUCUGUCCAGCCCGGCUCCUCCCGUCUGUGACCCCCGACUCCUAAAUAAAAUGCUUCGUGACUCCCAUGCUCUUCAUGGCAGACUGAGCCAGUGCCCCGAUGUUAACCCCUUGUCUACACCUGUCCUGCUGCCUGCUGUGGACUUUAGCUUGGGAGAAUGGAAAACCCAGACGGAGCAGACCAAGGCACAGGAUGUCCUAGGAGCAGCAGCCCUUCUGCUGGAGGGAGUAAUGGCAGCACGGGAACAAGUGGGGCCCACUUGCCUCUCAUCCCUCCUGGGACAGCUUUCUGGACAGGUCCGCCUCCUCCUUGGUGCCCUGCAAGGUCUCAUUGGAACCCAGCUUCCUCCACAGGGCAGGACCACAGCUCACAAGGAUCCCAGUGCCCUCUUCCUGAGCUUCCAACAACUGCUGCGAGGAAAAGUGCGUUUCCUGCUGCUUGUAGUAGGACCCACUCUCUGUGCCAAGCGGACCCUACCCACCACAGAUGUCCCAAGCGGUACCUCUCUGUUCCUCACAUCGAACAAGCUCCCAAACAGGACUUCUGGAUUGCUGGAGACAAAUUCCAGUGUCUUAGCCAGAACUACUGGCCCUGGGUUUCUGAAGAGGCUGCAGGGAUUCAGAGCCAGGAUUCCUGGUCUACUGAACCAAACCUUCAGGUCUCUAGACCAAAUCUCUGGACACCUGAACAGGACACACGGACCCUUGAAUGGAACUCAUGGACUCUUUCCUGGACCAUCUCCCAGGGCCCUAGGACUCGUGAACAUUCCUCGAGGAACUUUGGACACAGGCUCCCCAACACCUAACUUCCAGCCUGGAUAUUAUUCUUCUCCAACCCAUCCUCCUACUGGACUAUAUACACUUUUCUCUCCUUCACCCACCUUGCCCACCCCCAUGGGCCAGCUCCAACCACUUCAUGACCCCUCUGCUACUGUGCCCAACACUGCCAGUCCUCUUCUAACUACAGCCCACCCUCACGUCCAGAAUCUGUCUCAGGAAGAGUGAGGUAUUCGUGUACUGCCGAUAUCCACAUUGUCUCCCAUGUAUAAUUCCCUUAUGUGGAGCCCUGAGAAGCAACUGCAGCUAUACCAGGUUUCCUGCUUUCACCUGAACCCCAAGUCCUGGCAAGGAGGGAUACCCAGGACAGAAAAAGGGAUCAUUUUUCACUAUAUAUUAUAAAACUUCAGAAGCUAUUUUUUUAAACUAUCAAUAAUAUU